AUGAGAGGAAUACUGCAAUAUCCAAAAACUUCAAGAGAUCGGGAGGGCCGUUACUUUAAGUCAGUACUACGUGCUAUAGGUGAACUUCGUGAUGACCUUAUUAGGCCUCCAUCUCUUGAAACCCCAGCCAAAAUGCUUGAAAAUCCCUGGUGGUAUCCUUACUUUGAGAAUUGUAUUGGAGCAAUAGAUGGUACUCACAUACGAGCUAGUGUCCCCAAGUCCCGUGAGGCGGCUUUCCGGGGCAGAAAGAGUUCUACAACCCAAAAUGUGUUGGCUGCCGUAGACUUUGACCUUCGCUUCACAUAUGUGUUGGCUGGUUGGGAGGGUUCCGUGUAUGUGUUGGCUAGUAGCUGA